UGUUUCGAAAUUUUAUUAAUAUUACAGUUGGUUAGGAUCACGAUUUAAGAUGAUAAACGAACUUCUCGAAACGUUCCUUUUGGAGAAACACAAAGUAAAAGCAAAGGAAUCCAAUACGGAGACCAUCUUCGAACCAAGUCAUAAUUUUCGAAAUAGAUUUGAAUUGAACGAUUUGCUGUCCGAACGAUCUUCAAAUGUUUCAGGAGUAUCUACGUCAGGCAGCGUUUCGAAUGUAAAACAAAAAAUCGUAGAAGAAAAAGUUCAUAUACUUCGAAAAAUUAGGUUCGUGCAUCUACAAGUGUGCAAGGUAUCGAGGAUGGUGAACGAUAUAUUCAACGCCCAAAUAUUAAUAUAUACGAUCACGACACUGUUACAUUGUACUAUAUGUAUCUACAGCUUGUACAUGAAUCUUCACAGAGGCCUUACUUUUAUAACAGAUCAUUUGGAUAUGACAUCAAUGUAUAUGUUGGACAGCGUAGUUGGUACCUUGAAGAUCGCUUUAAUGAGCUACGACUGCGAAUAUACAAUGAGACAGGCUAGCAAAACGAUAGGAAACAUCCACGCGUAUCCUGUGCACGAAGGAAACGCAGAAUUAACAGAUGAGAUCCUCCAUUUUUCUUGGCAAAUAUCGUACACGCAACUUGAAAAGACGAAAUCGGUUCAUUACAUAUUGAAUUAUGGAUUCGUCCGUUACUGUCUCAACUUCGUAAUAUCUUCUUUGGUGAUUAUGAUACAAUGGAGUCAGCACUUGAUAAAGAACGAUCCAGUGAUAAUCACAAACGAAACCACCACCUAUCAAACGUUACAAGAGAAUACCAGCAUAGAAGUGUAAUAGUAUAACGUUGGAUGCUUUUCGAUAGCGUCAUCUUAUGGAAUUAUAAAAGCCACACAUAAAAACUGUAAUUAAUCAUUAAUAAACUGCACCUCACAAAUAAGUUUUCUUUUACACAUUCAUCUUAGGAUCUUAAUUCGUUGAAAGUAUG